AUGGAACAAUUCAGCACUAGUUGGACCAAGGAUGCAGCAGAGGGAGGAGGGGGUAGCAGCAACGACGGCAGUGCGUCGGCGCCAGGCAGCAGUGCAGCGCCAGCAACCACAGGUGGCGAGAGCAGCCAAUUGGGCGGGCUCCCGUUCGAUUUGAGUUCCCUCGGCAGCCUGCCUCUGACCAGCCAGCCCGUAGCAUCGACAGGGCUUGGGCUGGAUUUUAAUAUCGAUGCGCUGAACCUGCAGAACCUGCAGAGCCUGUCGAGCAUAGAGUUCGACGAGACCAUGGCGAAUUUGCUGAGCCAGGUCAGCGGCUCAAUUGCGGCAGUGUCGAAAUCAGCAGUGCCGGUGAGCACCUCCAGUGGCAAUCCGCUGUCAAGUCCAGUGCCGACAGCGACCGUAGUGGUCAGCGGCGAGAGCGCAGAUGGGGCAAAGGUGGCCGGGUCGCCUCAGGUCAGCGCAGCGGGGGUGGCAGGAUCACCAGUAGCGGCAGGCAGCAGACCACCUGAUGGCGGCCUACAGCCCGUGGUCCGCGGGCCGCCGCCAACAGCUGUGCGGCCAGCCAACCCUCCAGUGUCACCGGCACAGCGCCCAGCUGUGCGGCCACCCGCCCGACCACUGGCACCAGGCCAGACACCGGCUGUUAGCACAGCGCCCAAGCCGCGUCCAGCCGUGCGACCGGCCACCAGCUCGCCGACGGCACCAGCACCGCAGAUGCGCCCGGCGGCAGUGCGACCGGCAGCACAGGCAGCGGCAGUGCGGCCGCGGCCGGGCAUGGCAGUACGUUCGCCAAUGCGACCGGCGACCUCGCCGACGAACCCGGCGGCGCUACGGCCAGGAGCACGGCCAAUUCAGCGUCCGCGGCCGCCGAUGAUGCGACCGGUGCAGGCGGGUGCGCCAGCACCAGUCAGGUCGCCGACGCCGGCACGGCCAAUGCCCAGGCCGAAUAUGCGGCCGGUGGUGCGGCCCGGCGGGCCACCGGCAGGUGUCCGGUCGCCGAUUGCCAAUGCCCCGCAGACGCUGUCGCCUGGCCCGCCAAGCAGUGUGGUGAGGCCGGCAGCGAGUCCGAGACCGGCAGGCGGUGCGCCACGGCCGGUGGCACAGACAGUGCGAGCGGCUGCGGCGGGAUCGGUGACCAUGGUAAAACCUGCAGUGGACCCGGCAGCUGCUGGGCCGUCGGCCGUCGUCAAGGCCGAGGACAAGACAGAGAAGGAGGAUGUCGAGAUGGUUGAGCCAGCAGCUGAGACCAGCGACAAGCAGGCGACAGAGGAGGCAGAGGAGGAGGAGGAGGAGGAGGAGCAGUUCUUGACAGAGUCGGUGGAGGUGGUGUGCCCAGAGCUGAUAGCACCGCCCAAGGGCUUUGAGCCGCUGACAGGGCUGGAGGGUGCGUUCCGGUCGCUGUGUCACGGCGUGGCACCGACAAACGCCGAGUGGUCGUCGCUGAACAUUGUGGCGGUGGCGUGGCCGCAGCUGGAGGUGGCGGCGGCGGCGUCGCGGCGGCUAGCACAGCGUGACGUGGCGGAUGUGUCAAGCAUGACAGCCAGCGACAGUAUGCGUGCGGUGGAGCAGCGGCGGCCGCCGUCCUCGGCGAUCCACCUGUACCGUCUGCACGUGCACCCGCCGCCAGCAUGGGACGUGACGCCGCAGCACACAGCGAUCCGACCGUCGCUUCUGCCGCUGUGCGACCUGCGGAUGCGGCAGCAGUGGGACGAGCAGGUGUCGCAGGCAAACAUGGACCGGUUGGUGGACCCGGUGGUGCAGCCGGGCGGCGCCAAGGCGCAGUGGCCAUGCAAUACCGUCAAUGUGUCGGCGCUGUCCGGCUGGCAUUCAGGCGCCGGAUCGGUGGGCGUCGGUGAGAAGAUGCGUGUGGCUUCGGCGCCGCGGUGUGCGUGGAGUGCUGACUGCCGCAUGCUGGCGGCCGGUGACCGCGCCGGGCGGUUUGAAAUCUUUGUGGUGGAGGCCGAGCUGAACUCGUGGAAAUCGGUGUACCACGUGGACUUUGACCAUCCGGUGAUUGCGUGCUUGUGGCUGUCGGACCACCGCAAGUAUGGCAUCAGCCGGAAGACCGCCGCCACAAAGACCGCCGCCAGCACCACGGAUCUGGCGUCGAUGUCGUCACACCAGGUGCCUGUGUCGAGUGCUAGCAGCGCAGCAACCGAGUCGAAGUGGGACGUGGACUCGGAUAUUUACGUGCGCCGGCUGCCGUUCUUUGGGCCGCGCAACACGCAGGGCGAGUAUGCGCUGGUGGUACUGACAGCCGAUGGCCAGCUGGUACUCGUGUACCAACGCGAUGAGAAGUGGACGCGUGUGGUGGCUCCGCUGCAGCCGCGGCGCCGCGACCAGUGGGCGCGCGGAGAGGAACCGAAGGUGCGCGGCGACCCGUGGAGCAACAUCCCGCAGGGCCUGAUCACGCAUGCAGACAUGAUGCUUGUGUCAAAGAAGUGGAUCUACCUGGCGGUCCACCGAGCCGGUGCAGCACCUGUGCAAUACCCGCACGAACCAGGAGCGGUGGACGAAGAGCUGAAGCAGGACGGGCGGCUGGUGGCACCGACGGUGGAGGUGUACCAGGUGCAGAUUGAGUUUGUGUCGGACUACAGCCCGCGGCUUUUUGCAACGCCGCUGGUGGUGCAGCCGAUCACGCUGGCCGGCAGCCAUGACGAGGAGAAGGGGGAGGGGGAGGAGGAGCGACCGCGGGUCACGCACCUGAAGCUGAUCACAGCGCUGAACCCGGAGGUGCGACUGGUGGAGAAGAACAUUCUGGGCGAGGAGUAUUACUUCCCGUUGCUGUUUGUGACACAGAGCCGCAUGGCUGCGCAUAGUGGCGAGGCCACGCACGACAGCUUCACCACACACAUGCAGGUGUGGCGGCUCGAGGGCGCCCGGCACACGCACAAAUCGCUGACGGACCGACUGAACCGGCCACCACCGCUGCGGCUCGCGCACGUGUGGACCGAGGUGCGACGCGGGCUGCUUCUAUCGGUGAUUGCAAACCGGGCCGAGCGGCAGCAGCUGCGGUAUCUGUUUGCGGCGCCCAGCGACAAGGACUACCGGGCGCUGAUGCUCACGUGGGGCAACGGGCGGGUUGAGAUGCUACGCAACUACAAGGCCGGUGCGGACGGAGCCGAGCGCUUCGACCAGUGCGUGGCGCCGGUACCCAAGCCGCGCGAGUGGGUGGUGGGCGGAGUGCUGAGCCCGCACUACACUGCGUAUUUCCAGUUGGCAGUGCGGCCGCGUGUGAUCGAGCUGGGCCGCGGGAAGCCUGGCGCUGCAGUCGAGUGUGCGUGGAACCAGGGCCAUGUGCGGUUCCGGCUCGGGUGGACGCCGUUCUUCAGCGAGCAUAAGGCGGGCAACGGGGCAGUGGCCAGCCAUGUGCAUGCAUACUGCGGCGAUCUGCUGGCAGUGCGCGUGCUAAACAAGGAGGACCCGACAGACCUGGUGGCCAUCCUGGCCAACAUGGCAGCGUCUGAGGAGAACCAGCCAGUGCCAGCCACGCCGCGCAAGCGUUCCCGAGAAGACAGCGACAAAGAGGAGGCAGUGGAGGAUGAGGACGACCCGCUGACGAUCCCCAUGUCUCGCACGCUGGCGCAGGCGCUGUGCCGCGCAUGCUCGCUGCUAGCCAGUGCGCUGGGAAUUGUGCGGCUGGAGCUGGACCCGCAGCUGGCGACGACGCCGUUUGUGCGGCGGCUGCUGGGCGCCAUCAUGCAGAUCCACUUCCUGGCGCAGCACGGGAUCCAGGCUGCGUCGCUGGGGCUGGUGUUGCACAUAGCGUCGGUGGUGGAUGCACGGGUGACGUCGCUGCACGACCACGUGAUCCAGAGCCAUGCCGCCCUGAAUGGCCCGCCGAACCACGCGGCGCUGGAUGCAUUCUCGGCCUCCUGGCGCCGGUCGUUCCAGCCGACCGCCGCGCUGGCCUUCUGGUGCAUCGACCUGUUUGCCGCUCUGGUGCGCGACACGUACCUGUAUCUGCAUGUGCGGUGUGCCGACAACACUGGAGCGCUGCGGCGGCUCAGCGAGCUGGACGCAGCUCGUGGCUCAGUCGGCCGUAUCCCGAACCGUGUUGCGCUGCUGUUCCACCGCCCGACGCUGGACGCCAUGCGCACGCUGAUGCUGUUUGUGCGGCAGCUGCGGGCGGAUCUUGUGUGGCGCGUGGGCGUUAUCUCUGGGCUACCGCCUAAUGCGGCCAAUAUGCCCGCGUACCAAGGCAUCCUGCAGGCCAAGGACAUGGUGGUGGCCACUGCGCGGCAGCUGAUGGCGCUGUUUCUGGGCGAGGUGCAGGACAUGUAUGCGGACGACGCCGAGUGCCUGUCGGUGGAGUCGCAGACUCCGGCUCGCAAGUACCUGCCGCGCGUGGCCGCUGCGUUUGCGCACUCGCACAAGCGCAAGCUGGCGGUGCCCAAUGCAUUGGUGCUGCACGACACGCGGUGGAUGAGCAUUGUCACGUGUCGUGCCACCAUCCCUGGCCUGUCCGACAACACCUUCCGUUCGCCGGGCCCGCCUGACGCGCUGGUUCCGGCGGCAGAGCUGGCGGCCUGGGAGCAAGAGAAGAGCGAGUUCGAGCGCGCGCUGGACGAGGACAAUGUGCUGUUUGACAUUGACGACCCAGGGUUCAUUUUCUACGACCCCAGCGAAGCCCCCGCGGAGCCGCUGGCUGUGCCCGGGGCGCCGGUGCGGAUUACGACGCGGGUGCCGGACUUUUCGGAUCUGGCCAUCGAGAGCAACUACACCAUGCCUCUGUUUGCUGAUUCAGCCGCGUCGGUCUACGCAGACCUGGCGACGCUGGACUCGGCGCCGACUCCGCGGUCGUCGCGGACGCGCGCCAGCUCCGUGGCCACGCAUUCGCCGGCAAUGACGCCGCGUACCGGCAGUCUGUCGAUUGCCAGCGAGCCGGUGAUGCGUCGCUCGGGCGGCCGCGUGCAGCAUUUUGUGCCGCACUACUCGAGCACGGCGCCCGAAGAGCGCAGCUCCGGCUGGCAGUUCGUCAGCACGCCGCGCGACCCGACGCUGCACAUCCCGACGCUGCUGGCGCAGCAUGCGUUCUCGCUGGCAUCGCAGACCACCGACGAGCCCUUUGCCUACUGUAUUGACUGGUCGCGCUCCGAAGGCAUGGUUGUUGAGGUCGCCAGCACGCCGGGUCUUGCCGGCCAGAUUGCUGCUGAAAUGGGCCUGGAGAAUGACCGCCCAGCUACUGGUGCUGACCAGGUCGAUGUUGUCCAGAAGACCCUGCUACCGGCUAAUGCUCCAGUCAAGAUGUGCCUGAGAUGCGGCCACAUUACCCGCCGCGUCCACGAGGACGAUCUGCCCGAGCCCGUGGCCCCGCUGGCUGCCGCUGUCAUGGGCCUGCAUCCGCACGGUGCUGCCCUGAGCGACAAUGCGAAGCCCGGCCAGGCCGAGGUCGGCUGGAUCCGGAGGUUCGAUAUUCUUUGUGUGUGUGGCGGCUCGUGGAUUGCGCUUUAA